AAAAAUAAUGUUUCAAAGUUUGAUUGGAAGUCUCUUAAAUCACCUUUAUCAAUACGCAAAUGAAAAUGUUUCAGUGAAGCCUCUCUCUUUAAUUUACAUCACCUCUAUUUACUCGCUCAAUAAUUGUUCAGUUUAUCGAAGAUCUUACAGUAAUAACAGCCCUAAAUCAUUCGGGUUCGUUUGGAAAGAAUUCCGUGAAGUUUAAGGGAAAAAAUGAAAAUGUCAUCCACCAGCCUAAGACGGUCCGUGUUGGGAAUAACUGUGUCCUCUGUCGUGAGUACCGCCCUUGGCCUACGACCUCGGGCGGUACUCAAGAUCUCGGGCACAGUUUUUCCCAAUACGGACCUCCCGGCUGGCGAGUAACACGUAUGUAUUUUUUCCUUGCGUUUUUAUUGAAUAACCCAAGCGAAUCUCUUGAUUGACAUAUGGAGCAGACAAGAAAUUGAGAUAAUUGAACUUUUGAUAUUUGAAGAAAAGUGAAACCACAUAAUGGACAGAAUGUGAUAGAAUGCCGCGAAAAAAAACCUUUUGACAAGCGAUCUUUUCAGCAGGGAAGAUGUGAGGAGUCUGCAAAAAUAUCAGUUCUGAUUAUACUUAAGUGUGUUGGUUGCUGUAUCUGUUGGUAGUUCCCUACACUCCAUAAUGAUUCUCUAGUCGAACCUGUAUUUAGCGGCACCUAUUAGGUGGUCACCUCUAUAAACAGUCAGUAGUCAACCUUUACUGAGUCCUAACGGCCUGUUUGUAUUGUUCUCUACAUGUAUAGAACGGUCACGUGAAGCGCAAACUUUUAAAUAAAACUAAGAAUAAUCUUUCAAGUGAAACUUAAUCGAUCCUUAUCUCCAAAAAUCAAUGUAGGUGGUAUUUUUGCAAAUUAAGUGGUCAAUUAUGGCAAAGCAUGACGUCUUAAAUUGCUUUGUAGAAUGCCCCUAUCCUAAGGAAUCUGUAUUAGGCGGUCACCACGUCAUUCCUCAUGGGUGACCGCUUAAGGCAGGUUCGACUGUAUUAGAUUAUAAUUAUAAUUGAGUGACUUGGUGCUAUGCGUCCUUUUGAUUAGUCAUCACUUCGUAACCAAUGCUUUCUCAUGGACAUUUCCUUAGGGGCUUCGUUGUAAAUGGUACGCCUCAUGGAAAAUAUGGUCAGUACUAUUCGUACGCCUAUAAUCCAUGCAGAUGGAUCAGUUUAGCCGGUGACUGUGAUCGGGAUAAAGAAACAGCAGUAAGUAAUGGUCUAACUAUUUCCGCAGUCAUAGAAAUGAAGUUCGAUGUUUUCGGAGCUUUUGUUGUACUUGAGAAAUCUGACUAUUCAAGCUUAAUUUUGUGAACAGCAACUCAGCAUUGUACAUUGGGACAUGCAAGAGGACUUACUUGUUGUCAACAAACGUAAAACCUUAAGAAUGCAUGGCCAUCGUAUUAUGCAGGUGAUCAACAACUCUUAAAGGAACACCUGAGUUCGAUAGUGGAAAGAUUCACCAAUUAAGUGGGGGCAGUUAAUUUUUCUAGAAUACUUUGUGUUCAGUUGCGGUAAAAAUUGUUCUUCUCCGAAGUAAGAAAGGUUACUUGAGAAACAAAAUGAUUCUCACCUUAGAAAUGAGAUCCAUGAUAUCCCAUUCUGUAGUAUCAGGUAAUAAUCUUAUUAUUGUUGAUUAGGUAACCAUGAUAUUUUGAGAGAACAGACUGGACACAAAUGUAGCAGGCGAUUAUUUAAAAUAGCAGGGUUACCACCCUUUCUAAUGCUGCGUUUGCAUACCGGAAUCUUACGUGUGGUUGGUCUUAUACACCAGAGUAACUCUGAGAUUUGUUGGUGACCCUGUGGUAACAGUAGUGCUAUUUCUAUUAUCUUUUCAGAUAUGUAGGUGGACUCCAAACAACGAUAAUCCUGACAAUUAUUGGUCAAUUGGAAAUCAAAUACCAAACUGUACCAAAGAGAGCAAUGGUAUUCGACUAACCUACAACGCAGGGGGAAGGUAUGUGUACUUGAGCGUUCUUAUGACGAGGCUCAGCGAUUAAAACUUAGUAUUAUGUGCGCAUAUAAGUUCACUAAGGUGCGCGGUACCUAUUUCGUGGUGGGCACGUAGACUAACUUCAAUACAACUCUUUUUAACGCUUUGAAGAACAUAUGAAUUUUACCACUGAGAAACACAUAGAAGCAGAAAAUUAACAAUCAGCGAGAAGGAACAAUGUACCAUUUACAAAAAAUGACAUGGAGAGCUGUACUGCAUGCUUAAUCUAUGGGAUAUAGAAAAGACAGAAUUUUCUUUAUCGGAAGACACUAAUUAACUUUCUAGUUUAUCUUCUUUCAGGGAUCUUGAAGGUCGAAGAUCCAUUGUCCACUUUAAGUGCGAUCGGACCAAAGCAGACAUCAAAGAUGCAACCUUGAAAGUAAUCGAUGAAGACGAUUGGGUAAUUGACUUUUUUACACAAUUUAUCAACUCAGAUUGAUGUAAAAAAAUAAUGAUGAAAGAUAAAUUGUAAUUUUCUUGUCAGCCGAUUGGGUUGAAAGAAUAUGAGUCACUAAUAGAUAUUCCUCCCUUGUCAAUGCAGAGUGCGAUUGGACCAAAGUAGAUGUCAAAGACUAGCAGUAUGGCUGUCAAAAUAUCGCGAUUUUCUUUUGAAAGAAACUAUACAGUUAAUUUACUCUUCAUCGUGAAACGAAUUAUUAAAGACUUGCUUUUAAUAUUCCAUGGAACCUGUUCAGCCUUUUGCAACUUGGAUUUCAUCAUUCCUAACACGAGUCUUGUUGCGUAAGAAAAUUGAUUAUAGGAGAUUGUCAUAUGUUGAAUCCAUAAUUAAGCUCUUGAAAACUUCCUCUUGUAUCUCCUUUAUCGUGCUCUAGGAAUUUGAGCUAGAUCACUUGUGCGGUUGUGGGAAUGCUUGUGUUUUGGGAACAUCUCUCAUCCCAGCAGCGAAGGAACAUCGUAAGUUGAAAGAAAGUUAAAGUACCUUCGUUACCACAGGAAUAACGAUUAGGAAGAAAAGUUUAGAAUACAAAAUAAAGAAUAAAUAGGUGUGAUAGACGUAGCACUCACUUUACAGAAUCACCAAAUAAUGUCUUGUUACCCUCACAAAAAUCAUACAAUGUCAAUAAUAUCAUCAAAGCUGAUGGAUGGGCGCUCUAUUGCUUCGCUAAAGCUCCUUCUCCUCCGAUGAUAUUUACGUUCAAGAAAUAUUUUUUUAUUGAAAAAUAACGUCUUCUGGUUUUUUUUAAUUUGUGCAGCGUACACUAUUGUGGAAAUUGUGGUUCCAACCGCUGGGAUGAUUGCGCUGGUGGUCCCAGCAGGGCUUUUUCUAUGGUGGAAAAAGAGGAGGAACAGGAAGAGGAACAACAACAACGCCCAAGGAAAUGGUGAGAGGCAACCACUGCACCAAGACGGCCCAGGCCAGGACGGUCCCCAUAUAAUCUGCAAUAUACCCUAUGGCUCAAACUUGGAAGCAAGGCCGGCACCCGUUGCUUCAUCACAGAGCAAAAUCGACAACCUCAGAGGCUUAACUAUUGGAGUGCCUAGUAUCUCAAGGACCCUUUGAGAUACCUUCCUCCAAAAAGAUAUUUAUUGGUUACUUUAUUCGGCAAAAAAAAAUUUAAACAUUGACCUUGUUAACGCCUAAAACAAUUUUGUAUCUUACGUUCGUGAUCUUUUAGCUGUAAACAGACAUCAUUUAAUAGGGGGAAGGGGUCUUGUCAGUAAUUUAGUAAUUUGUCGUUAAUUUUGUUAUUCUUAACUGUUCAACACUACAUGUGUCAACUAAUAUUGACGCUGAUUAUGAAUGUAUGCUCAAUCUUAAGAACAUCGAACACAAUAUUAGUGUUGUUAUAAUAGUAGUUAGAUUAUGGAUUUUUAGUAUUGAAAAGGUGUUAACAUUGAAAAUACCUUUGGUAUUGCUCGUCAAGUUGGAUUUGUAGUAUUUUUCGUAUUAAAGGUAAUUUUUGUAUUGUAAAUAACGUCUGAAUUGUAAUUAAUUUGUAUUUUGCUGACUGAGUAGUGCCUAAGAAAAGUCUUACUGAUAAUCUUUUACUAUUUUUGUGUAGCUCAUCAUCCAUCAAAUAUUUUUCCCUCGCACGCGAUUGCUCGGAACGCGAUAAACAAGGUUAAUUCAGGGUGGAAAAGUGUUAUGCUCUUGCUGCAGGAGAAGAAUGACC